CAGAAGUAAUCAAGAAAAAUCCAUCCUUGUCCGCAAGCGGAACACAUUCGAAAGUUAUCAUUCGAAGAAGCGAGUUGCAUAUUUACGGUCUAGACGAAAAUUUCCGGAACGUCGGGGGUGAUUUGUGUCGAAAAGAAUCUAAAGUUGUAAACUGCCUGCCAGGCAGGUGAAAGGCUGCAGGAAAUAUAGAGGAAAACGACUGCUCAGGGCUUGGAGCUCAAUUUCUCAAGCACUGACCGUUAGUUCCACCUGAGACCGGACAGGCGAACGAAGAAUAACUAAUUCCAUGUGUUGUGUGUGUGUGUGUGCAUUGAAGAAGUGUUCAAGUGCUUCCGUCACUAUCUAGGAAUGAUCGGUGGAAAUAACUAGGAGGGCGUACACGAAAAACAAAAAAAAAGCGAUACAAGUGCUGUGUGCUGCAGCUAGCAAACCCGCCGGUAUGAAACAACCAUCGGCCGCGGCAGAUGUGGACCGGGCUGGCAAGGCUAAUCGUCCCAGCCAGCUGCUAACCAAUGACGAGAACGAACAGCUGUUUGGUCUGCUCGGACGACGAUGUCAGACCCAGUGCACCGCGGUGGUGCAGCUGUACGUGACGCAAUCGCCAGCGCACGCUUCCUGGGUGAAGAAAUGGACCGGUGCGCUUUGCUUCAUCAAGGACAACAUCCGCAAGUCGUACUUCUUCCGGCUGUACUGCCUGAAGGCGAACAAGCUCGUGUGGGAGCAGGAGCUGUACGACAAAAUCGACGUCACGAAGCCGCGGCCGUUUUUGAUCGUGUUCGAAGGGCAUGAUAGCAUUGUGGCGUUCAAUUUUGCCACUGAGGAAGAGGCGUCCGCGUUCAUGUCCACCACCACUUCAACGAUUACGAACAGAAAUCGUCGGAGAGAUGGUAAGGACGGGAGUAUUUGUUAUCCGUAUCAAGAGCGGCUCAAGCGGAACAGCACCCGCAAGGAUCCACCACCGGCCCGGCCGCCUCCGGUUGCGAACCAAAACAAUGCAUUUAGCGAUAACACGGUUACACUGCGUAACAAACCAUCGUUUACCGCUCCGGUAAUUCCAAACACGGCCUUCGUCCAGCAGAACUACCAGCGGCCAUCCAACAAAGCCAAGGGUAAGACUCGCCUCCGCAAAGAGGACAUUGGCAUGCCGUCGAACUUCAAACACGUGACGCACGUUGGCUGGAGCCCAACCAGCGGUUUCGAUCUCAGCGGCGAGGAGGAAACGCUCAAGCCCUUCCUCGAGAAGGCUGGCGUGAGAGAUCAGCAUUUGAAGGAUCGUGAAACGCGGGAGUUCAUCUACGACUUUAUUCAGAAUCAUAAAGUGCUGGAUACGAUGAAGUCGGAACAGAGCGGCAAUCGGAAGCAGAAGCCACCGGCUCCACCACCUGUCCCUUUGCGAAACCAUCACGAUCAGCAGCAUGUCAACGGGAAUGUGCAGCAUCGUAAUCCGCCGCCUCCACCUCCAAACAGGACACUGCCACCAUUACCAGCAACAACACCGCCAAAGGUAAACCAGGCACCUUCACGGCCGCCUCCCAUGCAGCAACAGCAACAUGGUAAUCUUCCAGCGGCAACCACCAUUCCGGGACCACCUCCACCACCGCCUCCGCCUCCUGUUGCCACUGGACCAAUUCCGCCUCCCCCGCCGCCGAUGAUGGCUUCACCUUCGCUUAAAUCACCCGCACCCGCUGCCCCCGCGCUAGUGAUAGAUGAUGGCAGAUCGGCACUGCUGGACAGCAUUCGUAAAGGAACGACACUCAAGAAAGUGGACCAAAGCGCACUGAGUACCGGCAGCGGUGGUAGUGCCGAUCCGCGCAGUGAUCUCCUGUCACAGAUUCGCGACGGCAUCGAGCUGCGGCCGGUCACCGAUAGGGAACAGGGUGCGCAAGUCGAUCGCAGCAGUGGCAGUGCCGGCAGCGGAGAAGUCGGCACCGAUGCGCUCGCUGACGCACUGAGACGGGCGCUGGCUGAGCGGGGCCGAGCGAUUCGGUCAUCCGAUGAGGACGACAGCGAUUCCAAUUCCGCUAACGACGAGUGGGAUGAUUAAAGCCCGAGGGGCCCGGGGGAUGGGAAAUUUUGGCUUGGGAUUUUAAUGAUUAGACAACACGGUGCCAAAUUUAUGGAAUGAUGAUUAGCUGGAGCAGCGAGCUGAAGCGAUAAUAGGCCUUGAAAAUUUUACUGUUCAGAAUUUUAUGUAUGUGUCAGUUUGUGUUUGGCAAUGUUUAUUGUGUAUUACUGUUCAUUUUUUGUUAAUUCCGCUUCCUUCGAGAACUGAGCAAUCAGACCGCACAAGGUUUUAAUUUCUUAUCUUAGCUCUUGAUUUUAUAACCUCAAAGUUAAACAUUUUACCCAUUUUGAGUUGUCCUGUUUCGUUGCAAGUGCAGAAGGGGAAGCUCCUGAUUAUCAUGAACAGAGCAACCGACAUUCGUCAGCCAAAUUCUGCACACAAGAGUUACAUCAGUCGUUAUAAGCUUUCUUAUCGCGGUAAAACAAAAACAUAAAACUGGUCUCUGUAACAAAGACCAGUAGGUAUUGCCCUAGCCUCAAAAACUACAUUUAUUAACAGCAACUAAUUAAUAUCUAAACAAUCUAUUCGCACUACCAAAACGCAUGUCUUGUAUGCGUGUAUUGUAACAUAUACGGCUCUAGUUUAUCAAGAACCAACUUCUUGGUCUCGUUGAAUAUUUUUUUAACCUUUUCAUUCUGCAUUAGAAUCAUUUUUACAGUAAAACUAGCAGUAUAAUUCACA